AUGGGCUGGGCUCAAGGAGUUGAACUUAAGGUUUUUCAAACUUCACUUUGGGCUUGGCUCAUUAGUUUGAACCCAGCUAAAGAGUACUGGGAAUUAGUUUUAGGAACCGCAAUCCUAGAAGGGAUUAAGAAUGCAGUUAGCAAGCAAACUCAAGUAGUAUUUGAGGAGAAACCAGACAAGGAAUUCUUGGAUAAGAACAGAGAUUAUUCAUAUGCAAUUGUCGUCGUCGGAGAACAUUCAUAUGCUCAGACUUCUAGUGAUAGCAAGAACCUCACACUAGCAGUUGAUGGUGGUGAAACGAUCAAAACUGUCUGUGCAGAGAUAAAAUGCCUAGUGAUCAUGAUAGAGCCUUAUGUGGAUAUGAUAGUGGCAUUGGUGGCUGCUUGGCUCCCAGGGAGUGAAGCAGGGAAGGGAAUUGCAGAUGUUAUAUUUGAGGGCUAUGAUUUCCAAGGUAGGCUUCCGAGGACUUAG